CUGCUUUGUUUCCUUUCGUUUACUUACACAUUGAACCCCCAGAGUUAAAAAUAGAAAAAUCUUUAGACAUCACCUCCUAAACCACUGCUCCUGUUUUAGAAUAUUUCUUAGGAAUGUCCUUGUAUGAAGAUCAUUGGGUCGUCCUCUAUCAACAUUAUUGAAAUUGCUUUGAUUUGUCAAAAACAUGGAUUUUGAAAUAAGUUUUACCCUUUUGUAUGCAUAUGUACCUAUGGUAACCCUUUACUUACAAUGUUCAGAUUAUUUAGAUAACUCCAAAACAUGGCUGCCAGCCCUGAAAAUAGAAAAAGCUUCAAACAGCAUCUCCUCCUAACAUUUGGUUUGAUUAGAAAAUAAAUUUACAGGAAAUUUUCAAGGGUGACCCUUUCCCAAGAUUGUUUAAUGUUUUUGUCCAAAAAAAAUGGCCACCAUGUAGCUUGUUAUUUCCCCUAUAUUAAUCUUUUUGUCAGAAACUGCUAGCCCGAUUUCAGAAUUUCAUAGGAAUGCUUUUCUGCUGGCUGCUAGUUUCCCUAUAUAUUGUAUAGAAACCUUAAAAAAUCUUCUUGUCAAAAACUGUUGGCCCUAUUUUGAAAUAAUUUCAAGGAAAUGUUCCUUCAAUAAAAAACACAAGGCUGCUAGGUAGGGAAAAUGUCUACUGAAAUUGUAAAAAGCCAUAUAGGCUAAUCAGGCUGAGUUUUGACCUUGAACAUUUUGCAAAAGAAAAUAAAAUUACACUGUGCGAAAGAACAUGAUCGCAAUAACUUUCUACAAAAAGUUGCAUAAAAUCGACCUUGCAAUUUUAACAAAAACAAACUUGAAAAUUCUGCCAAACAUGAGAUUUGCCGAUGGCCAAACGCGAACACCAUACUAGUGUGUUUCAGUAAGCGCGUGGGGAAAAAUGACGUCAUACGAUAACUUCCGCACCGCCAUAUUUUCAAUUCCAAAGAUGUAAACAAAAUUGCGCAGGCAGUUUGGUGCUUUAAACAGAGAAAGUUUAAGCUAUGACAACUUGAGCCGGUUGUGUCUCGUCAGAGUAUCUGGUGCCCAUUAACUGUAUCUACUAAUGACUGGUUAGCGCUUGCAAAUGAAUUUAGACACGUUGAUCCUGUGUGACAGAUAUGUUGUAGAGGGAAGAUUGCGGUACUGCUUAUAACGAAAUUGUUUGAACACGUCCAUUGAAAAGAUAGGCGGUGCACAUUAUAUUAAAUCUAGCUAGACACGUUGAUCAUGUGAGACAGAUAUGCUGCAGAGGGAAGAUUGAUGACAACGAAAUUGUUUGAAAACAUCCAUUGAAAAGAUAGGCAGUGCACAUUAUAUUACAUCUAGUUAUGCAUGCUGACUCUGUGUGACUGACAUGCUGAAGUCGGAAAAUCAGACGAGUGUGUUUGAGUACAUUGUCCCAUAUGUCCCUCUGAACGAUUUGCACAAUGCUAUAAAGUUAACUAGUAAUUGACAAAGAACUAUGGAAGAGUGUCCUAUUUGCAAAGGGCAAUUGGAAGAUGGACAACCAGUUGUAUGUCUCCGACAGAAGGGGAGCGACGGAAUCAAUAAUGCAAGCAUAGCAAGAGGAACUAACAUAUUUACAUGUAUAGGACAAUAUGUACACGUGCAUUGUCGCCGUGACUAUAUACAUAUUCGAAACUCUUUGACAAACAGUGAUAUAAAUAAUAAUCAUGUUACAUCUAGGUCUUUACGUUCAGAAGAUUCAUUUGAUUUUAAAACAAAAUGUCUUUUUUGUACAAAAAAUGCUAAAGUAUGUGCGAACAAACGUGGGUAUGAUGUUUUUCCUGUUCGUAGUUUCGAAUUUCAGAAAACUGUACACAAAUUAUGUAAUGAAAGAAAGGACGAGUGGGCAGUCAACGUAUUAAGCAGACUUUCCCUUGCGAUAGACCUUCCAGCAGCUGAAGCAGUUUACCAUCAGACGUGCAAUGUCAACUUCAGGACAGGUAGGCAAAUUCCUAAAUGUUUUCAAGACACAGAAGCAGCCACAGUCAAGAAAAGCCCAAUAAGGCGUGGUAAUGAAGAGCAGGCAUCUGCCUUUGCUGCAGUCAUUGAUUUUAUUGAAAAUGCAGAUGACGCUGUAGCUGUUAACGAUUUGGUAAAGGUGAUGUCAGAUAUAUGUGGUGAUAAGGCAUACAGCUGUAAACACAUGAAAGCAAAAAUACUGGAACACUUCGGGAACUCUAUCUUAAUAAGCACGUUAGAUGGUAAAUGUGAUAUUGUGAGUCUAAAACAAACUGCAGCCUCUAUCAUGCAUAAAUUUUACAAGCGUUCCAAAUCUGUGUCUGCUGAUGAAGAAAAGAAGAUUAUCAUCGCAACUGCUGCUAAACUGAUAAAACAUGAUAUUUCAAUGAUGGAAUCAUCAAAGACAUUUUAUCCGUCUUUUUCAGCAGUAUCAUCCGUUGAAGAAAAUACAAAUUUUCUUCCUGUUAGUUUACAAUACUUCAUGGAGAAAAUAGUUGGUGGUAAGGAUAACAGUAUAAAAACCGCAGCGAUUGGUCAAGCAAUUGUACAAGCAUGCAGACCCAAAGGAAUUAUAGCUCCUCUGCAGGUCGGUCUAGGAAUACAACUCCAUCACCAUUUUGGAUCUAAAUUCUUGAUUGAUACAUUAAGUAGUUUGGGAUUUAGCUCUUCUUACUGGGAAGUUCAAAAGUUUGAAUCCAACGCAGCUGCUGCAUUAAACACGUCUUUGCCUAGUUUUUUCCCGGGCUGUUUUCUCCAGUUUGUAGCUGAUAAUGUCGACCACAAUAUCAGAACAUUAGAUGGUCAUAACACAUUCCACGGAAUGGGAAUUAUUGCAUGUUCAACUCCAGGAUCAUCUGUACAUAUACAAAUUCCAAGAUGUGACAUAUCAUCAAAUGAGCUUUCAGCCCUUGGUAAAAUUGAUAUCAAGUACUUUAAAGGCCCAGAAGGCGAUUUCUCUGUUGAUGAAUUUUUGAAAUUAGAUGUAAAUUGCGACAACGACAAAACUGGCUCAUUAUUUGAUACUUUCACAAAUGUCAUAUGGCCAUUUCGGCGUUCUAGACCAAGCUGGUCAGGGUUUAUGCAAAUGUUUGAAUCAUCUGGAGACAAGACGUACCAAAGCAAGUCUAGUAUAACAUUUAUGCCAAUGAUAGACAUGAGUCCAAGCGAUGAUUCGUGUAUAUAUUCAACACUGCACUUUGUGUGCGAUCAGUCUGCUAAGUAUGGAGUUACUCCCAUUUUAACAUUUGACCAACCGUUGUUUCAGAAAGCAACUUAUAUCAUCAAUUGUCAAAACGAAAAAAGUCCUUUGCGAAAACUAGUGCUGCGUUUAGGGGGAUUUCACACAGAAAUGAGCUUUCUUGGAAGCAUUGGACACUUGAUGGCCGGAUCUGGUUUACAGGAAUUAUUGGAGGUUAUAUAUGCUCCAAACGCUGUGGUUCACAUGAUGUCAGGAAAAGCUACUGCAAGGGCUUUAAGAGGUCAUUUCUUAGUGAACACCGCACUUCAUGCAUUGAUUGUUUCCAAACUCUUUGGAAUAGAAUUGACAUCAACGCCUUUAGAAGACCAAGAGCCAUCUAUCGACAUAGGAAAUACAGAGCAUGGAUCAUUAGAAACAUAUGAUGCCAUAAUUGAAACAAAUCAAAGGAAUGGUGACCAGACACUUUUAAAUGAUAUUGCUGUGCUAUAUGACAAGCUUGAGAAAGAAGAACUAGAUGUUCCGUCAAUUACUCAGAACAUUGCAGUUCAAAGUGUAGCUGGUAUUCUUUGUGAAGAAAGAAAGAAAUUAGAAAUAAGUCGCACAGCAAAACUGUGGUUCAUGUACAUAGAUAUGAUUUCCAUACUUCAGCAGUUCAUUCGAGCAGAGAGGACUGGCGAUUGGAUACUUCACUUGUCAACACUAAAGAAAAUGCUUCCAUAUUUUGCUGCUUCAGGUCAUAAUUUAUACCUGAAAUCUGCUUAUAUUUAUCUGCAGAAUAUGCUGAAACUAGAAAAAGAACACCCGGAUGUUUAUUUGGAUUUCCAAUCUGGUAGUCAUGUAAUAAGAAGAUCAAACAGAUAUUGGGCGGGCCUCUCUAGUGACUUAGUAAUCGAACAGGUUCUAAUGAGAUCAGUGAAAUCGACAGGUGGAUUAACACGCGGAAGGGGAAUGACUGAAAUGCAAAGGACACAGUGGCUUCUUUCAAUGCCAGCAAGUGCAGAAAUGAACAAUGCCAUGCAAGAAUUCUGCGAAACUGUUUACAAAACGAAUGCACAACACAAGGAUGUAGGUAAAUCCCGUUUGCUGAGAGACGAGAAAGAUACAAGUAUAUUGCUUGAUUUUCUUCAGGAACGAAAUCCGUUUGAAGACUCGGACACAUCGUUACGUAAUAUUGAAACUGGGGUCUCUGCUGAUGUUACUGUAAAUGUAGACGAUGCACAUACCAUAGGACACGCAAUAAUGGAACAAAUGGUUGGAAAAGUUAUAGACCAAUACUCGUUUAAACGAUCUCUACAAGCUGUAACGCUCAGUGCAAAGACAUCACCAAAAGUUACCGACGAAAUCGUAAAUAUAGACCCUCAAUUACUUUUCCAGCGUUUGACUACAGCCGCCAGCAGAUACGUAGAUAAUAUUGCUGAUAUUUUUCAGUAUGAGCUAUGUGGCGUUCCGUCUGGAUUGUUUGACAACACUGGAUUACCACGAGAACCCCAAAAGUCAAAUCUAGCAGAGUCAAUAUGGAAAUUUGGUGAUUGCGAAAAAAAUACAGAUGAAGCAUGUGAAUUCCAUUAUGUCAUAGACGGGGGAUCCUUACUGCAGAAAAUUCCCUGGCAGAAAAAUAGUUCCUUCGGUGCAAUAUUUGCACAGUAUAGUGACUACUUGCUCCAGAAAUAUACAAAUCCAACAGUUGUAUUUGAUGGAUACUCCAGUGGUCCAAACACAAAAGAUGUGACACACCUACGACGAACAAAGGGAGUAGUUGGAACACGAGUGAAGUUUUCUAAGGACACACCAUUCAAAUCAAACAAAGAGGCAUUUCUAAGAAAUACCGAAAACAAGCAAAAUUUUCUAUUGCUCCUCGGUGGUUUUCUGUCUGAAAAUGGCAUAAAAGUAAUACAUGCAUCAGGAGAUGCUGACUGUCUCAUAGUACAAACGGCAAUAACUUCUGCUAUCAAUCAUGACACUUUUGUCAUUGGGGAGGACACAGAUUUGUUGGUGCUACUUUGCUAUCAUGUAGGUAAGGCAUGUAAAAAGGUGUACUUUAGAUCAGAUUCGAGACAGAAAAAAAACAAAACUAAAGUAUGGGAUAUACACAAAACACAAGAAGUACUUGGAAUGGAAUUGUGUAGUAUAUUGCCAUUCAUACAUGCACUAACAGGAUGCGACACAACAUCUAGAAUAUAUGGAAUAGGGAAAGGAACCGCAUUGAAAGCAUUCAGUUCUAAAGCAUACUUACGAGAAAUCGCAGGAAACUUCAUGAAAGCGCUGACGAAAGACGAGAUAUCUGAAACGGGUGAACAAGCUUUGAUUUGCCUUUUUGGAGGUUUGCCAGAAGACAACCUAAAUAUUUUACGCUUUAAAACGUUUGCAACCAAGGUAAUGACAAGUACAUCAUGUGUACAAGUCUACACCCUGCCACCUACAACAGCUGCAGCAGUAUACCAUAGCUACCGAGUACACAUACAAACACAGACUUGGAUUGGAAAUGACACACUAAACCCACUAGACUGGGGUUGGGAGAUGAUCAAUAGCAAGUUGCUACCAAAAAAAACAGACCUACCACCAGCACCGGAAUCAUUGCUUCAGAUUAUUCGUUGUAACUGCAAAACGAAUUGUGAUUCAAGACGAUGCAGUUGCAGGAAACAUGGACUGCAGUGUUCAGCUGGUUGUGGUGACUGUAGAGGUACAAACUGCACUAACUCUCCUACAACAGCAGACAUUGAUAUAGAAGACUAUGAAUAGGCUUUCCUGUUUUUGAGACGUAAAAAACAAACGAGGGAAUCAGUAUGAAAUAUUUAUUUAAAAUUUAUCAAAUAGUAUGCUGAAAAUGUUUUCAUCAUCUUCUAAAUAACAUAUAUGCACAAUAUUUGAUGUGUUGUGCACUUUGUAUUUAAUCAGAAUUAUUGCUGAUGGAAUGCAGCUAUGAUUAAAUAAAUAUUGUCAUGAUUGUUAAUGGUACGUUAGCAUUAUGUACCCUUUAGAUGAGAAAAUAUGACAUUGUUUCAUAAGUAUUUUAAGUGGGUGGGGUACAAUAUAGACCCCUUGAUCAAAUUAAAUUGUUUAACAUUAAAGGAAUAGCAGUAUCUUAAUUUGGACAAUGCUGCAGAUAUUGUUUAACGUUUGUUAGAAUUGAUGUACUAAUGUUUUGUAAUGUUAAAUCUGAGAUUAUUUUCAUACAUGUAUUUGUACUUUAUUUAAGUGUAAACAGCAGGCUUAAGUAUAUUUAAAUCUAAUUAGUCAAUACUUUCACUUUAGCAAUUCCUUUAAACGUUUAAAGACGUAGUAUAUAUCAUCUUGACACACUGUGAUAAUGUUCAUAUCCAUUGUACUGUUACUGAUAAAUAUUACAUCUUUUGAAUGAAUGUAAAUCUGCUUUAGACAAGAUAAAACAUUAUUUUACAUGAAAAACUCGCUACCUUGUACAAAAUUAUCUGCAUAACUGUGUAUGCCAGAAAUAAUGAAAUACAUUUCAUUAAACUGUUUUCCAGUCUUUCAAACUGAUUCUUGUUUUAAAUAAUUAUAGAUGUCUAAAUAAUAAAAAAAGAAAUUGAUAUUCUAAGUUUUAUAUCUAUACUGUGCAUUAUAACAAAGUGGGUGGGGUAUUUUAACCCCUGUUUAAAAAGAAAAACAAUAUAUAUAUUACAAUAAAUUAAGGUAAUCAAAGAAGGAAAUGUUGUUUAAAGCUAAUCUGAAUGGCCAUUUGCCCUUGAAUAUGGAAAAAAAUGACGUUAACAGGGCUAACAAUUGUAGAUUUAGUAAAAUUCAGUAUAGCACAGCUUUUUAUGUUUGAAUUUUGGUAUGAGUGUUCGGGGACCAUUUUACAAGGUUUGGGCACUUGCCAUGACGUGCAACUUUUAGUUGGUGAAAAAAGAGAUAUUUCCCAUGUCAAAACUACUUGAAACAUUUCUUUUGCAUGUACUUCAAGGUUAGGCCCUUUUUAAGGCUAGCCUGAUUAGCCUAUAUAUUCACUUUUUUUUUUAAAUGGCUGCUAGAAAUGGGUCUAGUUUUUGGAAAACUUUAAAACUCUUCUUUCAUGAAUUUGCAGGCCUGUUUUCAAAAUUAUGUAGUAGAAUCUUUUGUUAUUAUAGCCUGUUUGAACUUUGAGCGAUGUAGGGUCAUCAUGACCUUCUUUUUUAACUUCUAUCACAAUAGCAAGACCACAAUGAAUGCUUUCAAAAGUUUUGUAGGUUAGCUGGGCUAAUUGGUUGAUGGCAAAUUUUAUGGAGAAUAUAGAAAUAAUUCUUUCCCACAUGUAAAGUUUAAUAUAGUAUAGAAACAGUACGAGAGCAAAGCAAAAUUGCACACUGUUCAAAAGAAGAUUGAGACAAAACAAUCUAACUUUGUAGGAAAAUUUUGAAGGUGAAUAAUUAGUUAGAAAGCAAUAUUGACAAACUUGCAAAGUGAAAGGCUCUGCUCCAUUUUUGCAGGGUUUUUUAUUAAAUGAUCUAGAAAUAGAAUAAUUUCUGCUUGA